UGUUGGCCACCUCGAGGGCAAAUCAAAGCGGACGAGACGAGAGUUUGUCGAUGGUCUGACAUGCUUGGCUGUUGUCUAUCUUCCCCUCGAUCUCUCCCGGCCCUCUCUUUUUCUAUAUAUAUAUAGAGAGAGAGGGAGAAAGAAAGACAGAGCCGGCAUUUGAACACAACAAUAUUCUAGCUCUUGAGAAUUUCAUAUCAUAAUCUCAGUAGAUCGAAGAUGGGAAGGGCGGCUCCUUCAUCAUCCUCUUCGAUUGACAGCAGCAACCACUCAUCUGCUGCAUCCUCUUCUUCUUCCCUCUCGCUUUCAAUCGAAAGUAAUAGCAAAAGCGGCGGAAGAUUAGAUUUGACGACUGACCUGAGACUUGGUCUAAGCAUCUCACCCUCUCAUUACAAUGAAUUCUCUGCCGGUGCCAGCCCAAGGUAUAUGCAGCAACCAUUGAACUGGCCGCCAAUCAGAUCAAUCUUGAGGAGCGCACAUGCAGGGAAAUCACACGAUCUGCCGGAGCAUCCUUCCUUGUUUAUCAAAAUUUACAUGGAAGGCAUUCCGAUUGGUAGAAAGUUGAAUCUAUUUGCAGAAGAAGGUUAUGAGGGUCUAAUAAGAACCAUUGGCCAUAUGUUCCCCACCACCUUUAUCAACUCGAGUGCGGAUCGAGUUCAUUCCGAUAAAUAUCAUGUGUUGACUUAUGAAGAUAAGGAGGGAGAUUGGAUGAUGGUUGGAGAUGUGCCAUGGGAGAUGUUCUUAAACAAUGUGAAAAGACUGAAGGUGACGAGAGCAAACAGAUGCUAGUAUAUUUGUUCUUCCUUUGAUCCUUUCAUGUCCCUGGUGGAUGAUCCAUAUUCAUGAGAAAUCCUCACAGUAUAUUGUUGCGUAUAUGCCCAAAAAGGGUACAGAUCGAUGUACAGCCUUUCACCAAAAUUAUAUAUCAGCAUUAGCUCAUCCAUAAAAAAGGAGUAUAUGGUACUAGAGCGAGUUGGUGAUUAGAGGUCUCUCAUCACGAUGAGCAUAAGAGGCGAGAACUUGUUAAGGCGAUGCUUGAGUCUUCUUUUGUCUAUUGUUUUCCAGAUGUACGUAUGUAGUUGUAUUUGAUUAAUUAGCUUACGUUGAGUUGUACAUAAUUAUUUAAAAUAUGUAUUGAGGCUUUAAGUGUAGCUCAUAUCAUUGUA